ACAGUUUCUCACUUCUCGUUCUCUAAGAAAAUGGCUCCUCCGACUCGGAGUAUUAUUGGAUUUUUAAAUCCGAAAACGUUUAAAAAUGUGCUUAAUACUAAGCUAUCCAAAGCACCUUGUCGAUUUAUCCAUAAGUGUAUUAAUUGUAACAAAUAUACCGAUCGUCCAAAUUUAUUUACGUCUUCAAUAGGACAUAAAAGUUUAAAGUAUACCGAAAUUUCACUGAGACGGUCUUUUCACACUACAAGCAAUAUUUACGCCAGAACAGACUAUUACAAAGUUCUCGGGGUGUCCAAAAAUGCAUCAGCUAAAGAUAUUAAGAAAGCAUACUAUCAGCUAGCAAAGAAAUAUCAUCCUGAUGCUAAUAAAUCAGAUCCUGAAGCUCCUAAAAAGUUUCAGGAGGUUUCGGAAGCAUAUGAGAUACUGUCUGAUGAAAGUAAACGUAAACAAUAUGAUACAUUUGGUACAACAUCGGAUCAAAUGGGUGGUAUGGGGGGACCUAGUGGACCAGAUGGGUUUACCCACCAAUGGCAGUAUAAAUCUACUAUUGACCCAGAGGAGUUGUUCCGCAAGAUAUUUGGUGAUGCUGGUUUUAAGAGUGAGGCCUUUAGUGACUUUGCAGAGAGCAAGUUUGGUUUUGGAGCAGCUCAAGAAAUAAUAGUAAACCUUAAGUUUACCGAAUCAGCAAGGGGUGUGAACAAGGAUGUAAAUAUAAAUGUUAUAGACAUUUGUCCCAAGUGCCAGGGUUCUAGGUGUGAGCUUGGUACUAAGGCUAUAAAAUGUACAUAUUGCAAUGGAACUGGAAUGGAGACAUUUUCAAGAGGUCCAUUUGUGAUGAGAUCUACAUGUCGACAUUGCCAUGGUACUAGGAUGCUGAUUAAGUUUCCAUGUUCAGAGUGUGAAGGAAAAGGACAGUCUGUGCAAAGAAAGAAGAUAACAGUACCAGUGCCAGCAGGAGUGGAGGACGGUCAGACAGUCCGCAUGUCAGUCGGCAACAAUGAGAUAUUUGUGACAUUUAGAGUGGAGAGCUCCACCUACUUCAAACGUGAUGGGCCUGAUGUACACACGGACUGUACGAUUUCAGUGUCACAAGCGAUCUUGGGCGGAACUGUCAGAAUACAGGGCCUGUACGAAGACCACACACUACAGAUCACACCAGGAACAUCGUCACACAGCACAAUUCGUCUGUCACGGAAAGGAAUGAAGCGAGUCAGCCAACAUGGAUACGGAGAUCAUUACGUACAUAUUAAAAUACAGGUGCCAAAAGUACUCAGCGAAAAACAGAAAGCGCUUAUGUGUGCUUACGCGGAACUAGAAGAGGACACACCGGGUCAAAUACAUGGGGUCUCAUAUGAUCGAGAUGGUAAGAAAAUAUCUAUAUCAGAACCACAAAACCUAGUCGACGCAGUUAAGGAAGCUCUGGAAAAAAAGAAGACCAUUGUUGGCUCGGCUGAAUCGCACGAAGAUGUAAAAGAGUCUAAACGAAAUAAGGGAUAGGAGGAACUGUCCCGGCUUGCUUAGAAGUUAAAUAACGUGUAAGAUAAUAUUGGGAUUCUACAUUCGCGUUCUAGGUUAUUGUUAGUUGAAAGUGGUUGAAACACUGGGUUCAAGGAGAUCUAGACUCAUAUCAGGGCAGGUGAUAUCAACAAAAGUUUUUAUUUGUUCUAUUAUAUUGUAACACGUUAACAAAUAUACAUACAUUUAUUCGAGAUGUAACCAUAUAUAUAUAUUUACGCGUAGGCCGCGUAACGCUUGUUAAAAUUUUACCGUUUCUUCGAAGCAAUUAAUAGUUAAGGUGUGUGUCGACUGUCCAAAAUGAUCUUACUAAAAUUAUUUUUCACUAAUGUUAUAAGUAAUGAGAUAAACAAAUACUUUUUUUUUAAUUUACUAAGAAUUUUUAGUAUGAUGUUAAUAUAGUAAAAUUCCCUUUUUCAGUCACAAUAACUUAUUAUUGUUUUCAAGUUAAUAAUGUACUAAUUCCUAAGUUAACAGACAUUUGUGUACAGUAGGUGUAUGAAAUAUUCACAGGAUCGUGUAUCACUCGUGUUUUUGAUUGACCGACAAAAAUUUAACUUACGUCAAAUAAAAAAUCUGAAAAAUCGUAUAACGGCAACAUCACAAUUUUGAAAACUUUACUGAAUGAUGACAAAAUAAAUAAAAUGCCCGACAUUUUAUUUAUCGCUUCAAAAAAAAUCUUAUAGGCAAGUAUGUUAAUUUUUCCAAAUAAUAAAUGAUAUAAUUCUGUUAUAACAAUACGCGUUUUAAUGCCUUAAAAUUAUUUGAAAACUCUCGGUGUAAGUAUUAUGAAUAUAUUUUAAUUUUGAAUACGCACAAAUUUUAAUUUUUCAAUUAUAACAGGUUGUUAGAAAGAAAUGGGAUUAUUAAAAAGUAUUAUUAUUAACUUUAUCAAUUCGAGAUCGUCAUGUUGCUAGUAAUGUGUACUACACAUUCGAUAAUUUCUUUAUGGAAGAUGGAAUGGAUUAAAAACAAGAUCGAACAUUUGCACAAUAUUCUAUUUCUAUGAUGAUCUAAAUUCUAGAUAGUUCAUUAGCUAUAAAUAAAUAUCUGUUCAUGUGUGUUCAGUUACUUAUUUGAUAAUACAGGAAAUAAAACACGAGAAAUGUAUUUUGUUAAGUUAUGAUUGGGCAAAACAUCACAUCAUUUGAGGAAUACAGUAUAUCUAAUCGGAUGACCAUGAUGUUUUAAGUCGCAUUUACUACACACAUUGCCUCCGUUUGCAAAGAUGGAAGCUAAAAUUGCGAGCGAAGCGCACGCGACAGUCGCGGCCUUGUCCGCUUCAUUCUACGUUUUGUGCGUAUACUCUUGUAUAUUACCUAUGCUUUGUGGUUGAUAUUACGUAACCGCGCCCGCGAACCAACGUGAACAAGCACUAAUGCCUGUAAUGAGUUGUAUCAGUCGAUACGUACCCUAACAAUAAGAGUUAAUACAAGUUUAUCUUAUCUUAUGGAAAUGAAUUGUUAUUAAAUUCCAUUCUGACAUGUUUAUAAUAUCUCUGUGAUAUGACUGUAAUAGUUAAAGAAGUUUAUCCUUAUUAAAAAUAACACUAUUUAGAAUAAUACUGUUAGUUCAUUUGCAAUUAUUGAUUUAUUAAAAGCCAAUGAAAGCUGUAUAUAGCGGUUGACUAGUUUGUAGUUAUGAUAAUUAAAUAAAUUAGAAAAUUA